AUGGCAGUGGCAGGUAUUUCAAAAAUUCACUGCUUAUUUUCUAUUUUAGACAAGGAGCUUCACAGGGUAAGGACAAGCUUUGUGGAAAAGGUGUCCGAAACAGUUAUUAAACAGCUCCUGGAUGACCUUGCAGAGGAUCGUGUGCUGAAUGAUGGGGAGUGUGAGUCAGUACUUGAAAAAAAUACCACCAGAGCUGACAAUGCACGCUGUCUCAUUGACAUUGUGAAGAGAAAAGGACCCAAAGCCAGCAACACGAUGAUCGCUCAUAUUUACCCUGUGUCAGAAAAGUCCAUUAGCAGUCGUGUGGCCCUGCUAAUCACCAAUCGAAAUUUUGCUGAUAAGAAUUUAACCCGAAAAGGAGCUGAGGUUGAUGAGGAGAACAUGGAGAAACUCCUCAAAUAUCUACAAUACGAUGUGGUGAAAUACAACGAUCUCACUGGAAAGGGGAUCGAUGAGGCUCUCGGUCAGUUCUCCAAACAUCCCAAACUCACAGAGACAGACAGUGUGUUUGUGGUGAUUAUGUCUCAUGGGAUGCUGGGAAUUGUCCUCUGUGUCAAUCAUAGAGAAGACAAACCGGAUGAAUUCCCCGUUGACAAGAUUUGCAAACACUUGGACUCAAAGGGAUGCCCUGCACUGCUGAACAAACCCAAGAUCAUCAUCAUCCAGGCCUGCAGAGGAGAAGAAAUUGGAUCUGUUCUUGUUAGCGAUGGUGCAGAAGCAUCUGUGGUCUGUGAUGAUGUGUCGGGGAAAGGCCCUGUCCAUGGAGACGGCAUUGUGGAGGAUGCUCUUCGUUCUGUGCACAAAGAAAAGGACUUCGUUUAUUUUAUGUCCAGCACCCCUGAUACUAAAUCAUAUAGACAUACAAAGCAGGGAUCUUUGCUGAUCCAGUUCAUUUAUGAGGUAUUCAACACCUGCUCCAAAAAGGAUGACAUAGAUGAACUUUUCAGAAAGGUGAUGCGACAUUUUGAAAAUUACAGUUCCCAAGAUGCUCUAAGACAGAUGCCAUCCAAAGACAGAGAGACACUAACAAAGCACUACUGA